ACGGGGGAAACUGCGCUGCUUACCGAUCGCGCAAUUGUUUAGAAUCCGAGAUCGGCUAACCCCCGGCUAGCUACUAAAGUUUGCUCCGAUAUUUGUCGACGGCUUACAGUUUCGUCCCUUGGAGGCAGCUUGGACGAGUGGAAUUAUCAUUCGAACAUGAACGUCUUACGUUCGUACGUUAGAACUGUUGUCCUGAGUAAAGGUGUGCGAUCUGCGAAUUACGAAGGGCAGAGAUGCAUCAAGAGAUGGGUGGCGCCGACGCAAAUAGCAAUAACCAGCCGCAAGAGGAAGCUAGGUCCGCAACCGCCGCAGAAGCGCAACGCCUUUCUCGAGUGGAACAGAUUCGCCGAGAUUUUUGCCUUUAACAGACGCUUGUCCGAGAGCUUCGACAUGGAAAAAUUGGAUCAAGCCUUCACUCAUAAAUCGUACCUCAUUCGAGAGGGACAGAGGCAGAAGGAGAUGGGAAUAGAGACUCCGAUAUUCGCUCUAGAAGAUAACACCGAGCUUAUUAAAAAAGGCGAUGACCUCACGUCAACAAUUGUGACUAUUUCUUUAGCCCAACUUUUGCCACGAGCGCCUGAGGAGGUCCUAAAUUCAUUGCACGACUACCUCCUUUCCGAGGAAAUCCUAGCUAAGGCAGCGUUUCAUAUUGGAACGAAAGAUAUCAUAUUAACGGAAGAGCAUCCAGUGGCUCAAAAGACGUUAGCCGACACGUUUCUCGCGCUUGUUGCAGUGCUUGCGGAAAGUGUAGACGCGAAUCACGCGGCGAAGUUUGUUAGAGACUUCCUGAUUAGUAUAUUGGCUGAGAAGGUUCUGACAGAAGUAUGGAAUUCUGGUCAGCCAGUCCAAGUUUUAAAUGGCCUGCUGCAGGCAGAAAACAAAUCACCUGUCGAACCAAGACUUAUCGGGCAAACGGGGCAAAAUACUCUCUGUGUGACGUAUCACGUAGCAAUGUAUUCUGACAAACAAUUCCUCGGUUCAGGAUUUGGUCAAACGAUCCAGGAAGCCAAAGAAGUAGCUGCUUUAAAUGUUUUAAGCGAAAUGUUCGGUCUGUCAGACUCCAGUAACCCAAUUCAGUUUAAUAAGCCGAUUAAGCUAUCUUCGUGAAAGAUAUGAAUUUUCCGGAGGAGAAGGAAUUUACCACACUUGUCAUUGGUCGAUUUCUCUACGCUCAUUUCCUCACGCUGCAAUGGAGGCACAUCUAGGUGAGCACUAAAGGCCCACCUACAUGUUUUAGAAAUCCACGAUCAGUGGACACUUGGGCUUUGUGUCGAUGGAACUCUUGGACCAAGUUCUAGCGUGGUGUAAAUGGACACAGGCCUUUAGAAGUGUCGUAUCUAGAUAUUCGCGUGCGAUGGAUGAUGGCGGGGCCAUUUUGAUCACUAGCAAAGUUUAAUUGGAUUGGUGGAAAGCUGCGUUUCAAUUAUAGGACUGUUCCUUGUAGCUGAACAGGUGCAGCCAGUUAAAAUAAUAAAAGUCAGAUUGCAAUUAUCUGACUUAUUUUUUCAUUUACACCACGCUUGUUUCUUAUCCCAUUCUCCAUAUAUUGUGAUAGCACAGAGAAACCUGAGAGCGGCCAUACCGUAGAGAGAGGUUUACUUGGGACCGAUUUAUAUAACUUGUAUUACAUCUGUAUUAGAGUUACAAAUAUUUUUUAUAUACGUAUGUAUAUGUACAGUAUCAACUAUUGCGAAUUAAUGAUAAUAUAAUAUCCAAAGUAUUUGAAUAAUCUGAAUUGGCGUCAGAAUCGUCACAAAUUAGAAUAAUUAGUAUUAUAAUAUUAGGAUUAUAUUUGAAACUCUCAUCUGCACCUAACAUUUGUAACAUAAGUUCGUAUAGAAUAUUUGUAUAAAGUAUUCAUGUAAAUCACAUUAUUAAACACGUAAUACAACAAUACCAAUAAAUUAAUUAAUAACAAGGGAUUUUCAACAAUAAAAUUAACAAGUCAAAA